CGGUAGUGACAAGUGAAGGGGAGUGGAGAGAGAGAGAGAGGACUCAAACACUCACACACGCUCACGCACGCACUGACACACACUCUCCAUACGUGGGCUUGCACGCAACACACACUUGGAGGAAACAAGACGCACCAAAGACGCACGAAGGUCAGAGGCUCCUCACUGAUUCUCUCUCUUUUCUCUCAACGGCAGGAGAAAGAAAAAGUUUUCCCGGAGGAGAGAAAGAAAGAAAGAACGAGUGACGCUCGGCGCGAGCAAGAAAAGACAAGAGAAUCCUCUUUGGCUUCAUAUCUUCUGCGUCUUGGACACUAUUUUUCCAUUUUUUACGCACCAGGCUCUCGCUGUGGGAAUCUCCUCAAACUGACUCCCGGGGUUCGUGGUGCUACACGGUGAGGAAGAGGAAGAGGAACCGGACCAGGGCGAACCGAAGGGGGUCAAAAACUCACCAGGUAUGGCGGCGGUGUUGCCGAGGACCCUGGGUGAGCUGCAGCUCUACAGGAUCCUGCAGCGAGCGAACCUGCUGUACUACUACGAGGCCUUCAUCCAGCAGGGUGGCGAUGACGUGCAGCAGCUGUGCGAGGCCGGCGAGGAGGAGUUCCUGGAGAUCAUGGCCCUCGUCGGCAUGGCCAGCAAGCCGCUGCACGUGCGUCGCUUGCAGAAGGCGCUGCGCGACUGGGUCACCAACCCGGCUAUCUUCAACCAGCCGCUCACCUCGCUGCCCGUCUGCAGCAUCCCCGUGUACAAGCUGCCCGAGGGCUCGCCCACGCUGCUCAACGCUCAGGACCGGGCCAACACCGCCAGCGUCAAGAUUCCCAAAGCCGUCGCAGCCGCCUGCUCAGAUCCCGGGAAGCUGGACGUGGCGCGGGACAAAGUGUCGGCCGGGUCGCCCCUGCAGGGAAGCAGCGAGGCGCGGUUCUGGUCGGGCCACAGCAACGACAGCGAGCACAGCCUGUCGCCAUCAGACCUGGGCUCGCCGUCCUCGCCCAGAGAUGCCCUGGAGGCCCUGGAUGCUGCCGCCGUCCAGUCGGUGCUGGAGUGUGUGGACAGGAUGGCUCCUGGACUUCCUAAAGCAGACCUGGCCGAGGUCAAAGAUCAACUGAAGAACAACAAAAAGUUGGCGAAGAUGAUCGGACACAUCUUUGAGAUGAGCGACGACGACCCGCGAAGGGAGGAGGAGAUUCGUAAGUACAGCGCCAUCUACGGACGCUUCGACUCGAAGAGGAGGGACGGCAAACACCUGACGCUGCACGAGCUGACGGUGAACGAGGCGGCGGCUCAGCUCUGUAUGCGGGACAUGGCUCUGCUGACACGUCGAGACGAGUUGUUUGGACUCGCCCGGCAGAUUUCCAGAGAGGUCACGUACAAGUACACCUACCGCACCAGCAAGUCUCGAUGUGGAGACAGAGACGAGCCGUCACCCAAAAGGAUAAAAACCGAGGAGAACUUCUUCGACAUCCAGGAGGCGCUGCAGGCCAUCCACAUGCGGCAGGAGAUGCUGAGGGAGCAGCUGGCCUGCGCCAAGUUGAAAGGAGAGGAAACCGUCGGGAGGAAUCUGCAGAUUCAGCUGGAGCGUCUGCUGGCGAGGCAGAUGGAGAUCCUGCAGGACGCCGCCGUUCAGGAGCGACUCCAGGCUCUGGACUGGAGGAUCCCCCCCGCCGCUCUAAAGUACCUCAAUGACGUGCAGAACACUAACGGAGCGGCGGCCGACGCCAGCAGAGACAACCAAGACGAACGUCCAAUCAACUUGCGGGUGGUGAGUCAAAGCAUGCAGGAAGGUGACCUCCCAUUGGGGAAGCAGCUAGCCAACGAACUGAAGCGUCAUCACAACCACAACCACAACAACAACAACAACAACACAGACGAGACCAAAACACCAGCAACAGAAAACGGGACGUCGCAGCGGGCGCCCAGCAGCGCAGAAAAGAAGACCAUCAAGUCAGAGCCCGAAGACUCCACAUAGUGCCUCGCCCACCCUCCCACUAUACCCACUACCCAACUUGUACCCACUCCCAAUUCAUUCUACUCACACUUGACAGUAUGCAGUUACUACCCGUCAAUAGAUACUAAGCAAGCACAGCCACAGUAGAGCCUUAACAACCAAUGUUGCCUCAUGAAUAGCAUUUAUUUUUCUUUGAUUUCGUCUUUUUUUUCGUUGUUUUAUUUUGAAAGGUAUUUGCCAAAGCACCUGAGAGCAGGUUGGAGGAGCCCUUCGGUGCUCUGCAGGUCUUUGUCUGUAACUGUACAUGUUCGAUUCACAUGUCCUUUAAGAGUGUCGGUACUCUUUACCUCUGCCUGGGUGGUUUUUCUGUUGCUUUCUUUGGACGCCGGGUCGCAGGCUGUGACGUCGGGGCUGAGUCUUAACUCGGGCGUAGAUUCAGACAUGAGACAAAAGGCAGGAAUGUUGCUGCAGGACCACAGCGAAGUGAGCUCAGCCCAGUUCAACCAAUUCAUGGGUAUCCCACAGGGAUCAUUCUUUAGAGGCUGAAGCUGCUGCUGCUGCUGCCGAUAGUAAACCUGACACUUUGAAUUCCAAAGUGUUUUAAGAAUCUAGUGUUUCCUCGUUAGAUCUUUAGCAAAAACCAGCUUCGUUUCAAAUUGAAAUAUGAGAACAAAUAUUAGAUUAGAUUUGAUUGAUUCCAUGUUUCUCAGCGGAUGAAUCCUGGAACUGAAGGUGACCCCCUGGCUUCAACUCAGCCUGUAGGUCCGUGUUAAGUGUAGAAUUAUAUUCAUGGUUCCAGGGUUCGGAGUCAAAUAUCUUUACAAGUAUCCACAAAGUUGGGAAAAGACUCUCUCAGGAUUAACUGCACAAAUUAAAAAUGUCUCCAUCAGGACGUCGAAACAUUUGUCUCCUGAAAACUAUUCCCGUCAGUCUCACCUGUACUUUGUCUUCGGUGCUGAGACUAACAGUCUGUUGGAAACAGGGUGGAACACAGCUACUUGUGUUUUUAUGACAAUUGAUACUAUACAUGUGACUAAUAACUGAAUAUUUAUUGUAAAAAAUAAAAAAAAAGCAGACACCACAUGAUAAUAGUGGUCAUGCAAUGUGUUCUAACUGUGAGAUUCCUAUAGGCGGCGGUGGCUGGUUUCACAAGCCAUUUAAAUAUAAUAAGAAAGUUGUGUUCAUGGCCACACGUCCUCUGAGCCUCCGUCUCUCUCCCGACUCCCCGAGCUAAAGUCUGGAAGUACUGUCGGGAGACUGAGUCAGGAUUCAGCCCCUUCUGUGUCAUCCACGUCAAAUGGGGAAACAGGAGGAGUGGGGUAAAUGAACCCCCCCCCCUCCUCCUGGUUUGUGUUAUGUAUAUUUAUGGGGGGGUCAUUUCAGAGGAGGAUGUACAGGAGCUGUUGUGGAAGAACAGCUGAGGCCGGCCUGCCGGGCUGGUUUGCCGCAGGCCCGAGCUAAUUGGUUCAUUUCACUUUGUAAUUUAGCAAAACACUGCUGUUGAACCAAAACCGUGCAUCGACGAGAACAGGGAUCAUUUCAGGAAUCAAGACGCCUGCGUGUGUGUGUGUGUGUGUGUGUUUGAGAGGUGAUCCAGUGAAGUCCUCCUCAAUAUGAAAACGUUCAACUCAACACAAUAAAAUACUAAAGAUUGCAGGUUUUCAACAACAGCAGCAAACAGUAAAAUCCCCGUGUACUGCGUGUUGUGUAAAUAGAACCAUGAUAACGAGUAGUGUUAGCCUAAUCUCUCCACCAGGGGUUUUCCUUCGUCCAGUGUAACUUUGCUGUAGAUUUUUCUCGGUGUCAAUACGGUGUUUAUGUAUGUGGAGCAAAAUCAAAAAAAAAGAAAUCCUAAGUGUCAUUGAGGAAUUAGUUUCUGGUAUAUACAAAAAAAAAAAGAUGCUUUACAUGAUGAUAAUGUUGAUUAGCCUUAGCUCUUAACAGUUUUUAAUCCAUCAGUGCAGAUUUCCAAGAUGUGUUGUUGCUGUUUAGAGGUAGAUACAUAACAAAUAAGUGUUAUUCACUGUGUUUCUGUGUGUGUAAAUAUGUCUAUAAUGUCCCACACGAUGAUAACGUCCACUCGAUUUAGUCUCCCUGCAGAUAGUUUAGUCUCACUCAGCGUAAUGACACACCAAUGCAAUAUUUAUGUCAGUAAUAAGUCGGUUUUGCAUAUUGUAUGGAUCCAUUGUUCUGUGCUCAGUAACUGUACGUCUGUCAUCCGGGUGGAGUUCACCUGCAACACGGGAACUGUUUGUGUCGUCUGACUUUUAGUGCACGAGAGCACUGUGCUUGUGUUUUGAAGACGUUGUGCUCUUUUCACAAAAAAACUCCAUGAGCUUGUUUUGUUUCAAGCAGCAACGACGGCACGAGCCUGACGAGGAUCUGAGGCUGUGAUCAGCUGUAAGAAAAAGAAAAAAGAAUCGGUGGCUAAAAUGACAAGUGGAUUCUGGGAGAUGAAGCCACUGUGGUUUGGGAGUAAAAGGAAUCGAACACUGGCCGUUAGUGUCGUACGAUGCUCAGCACGUGUCUGACCUGCGUCUCACUGAUCACCCUCCUCCUCACUGUUUAUUGUAAAGUGAUAGAUUAGGCUUCACCUAGUUAUGCACCUGUUUUUUAAACACUAAUAUAUUUUAUUUGUUAUACAGCACAUGAACAUUAAACUUUAUUUUUUUGAA